GUGCUAUGAGAUGCUGCCUUUGGCUCCUGAAUGUUACUAUCACAAUGCACGCUGGGCUUGCUGGAUACACCCUGCCUGGACCUGCAUGACCAUCACAACCCACAGCAGACUUUGUCAUCAUCACCAGAUACAUUGUUAAUUGCUGCAGUGUUCCAUCACUUGGACAUAAACCUGAUCCAAUCCAGAGAAGGACCAGCCUACAGCUGAUCUGAUCCUAGGAGUACCUUUUGCCCCCUUCUUUUAUUAUUUGGGAUCCAAGCACUUCUGGUUAGGAUUGUCUCAUCUCUUCUGGCUCAGCUGAGAAGACCUCCUUUGCCCAGCCCAGAGCGCAGGCUCCUCUUAGAUGUUUGUGUGUAAUUUGGUGCCUUUGCGGCAGACACACAGGUUGGGAUUUGUAUCUGGUGUUUUGGUUCACACUUAACAAGGAAAGAUGAAAUUCCCAAUAGAGACUCCAAGAAAACAGGUGAAUUGGGAUCCAGAAGUGGCUGUGCCCUCAACUGUACCCUCGCCUGCCCCGUUGCCUGUACCCCCUUCUGAACCAAAGCCCAUCGGACAUCACCCUACUCCCACCCCUACCCCGACCCCCCGAAUGUCUGUAUGUUCCCGGGUUACACUGGUUAGCAGCAUGGACAAUACAUCAAGUGGCCUGCAUACCGUUAUGAAGUGGAAGACUGUUCUUGCCAUCUUCGUGGUGGUGGUUGUGUACUUGGUCAGUGGUGGUCUUGUCUUCCGAGCUCUUGAGCAACCAUUUGAAAGCAGCCAGAAAAGCACAAUUGCCCAAGAAAAGGCAGAUUUCUUGCUGAAUCAUCCUUGUGUCACUCAACAGGAGCUCGAUAUACUAAUAAAGAAAGUCAUCAACGCUGACAAUGUAGGAGUGAAUCCAAUUGGAAACUACACAAACAGCAGCAGUAGCCACUGGGACCUUGGAAGUGCCUUUUUCUUUGCCGGAACUGUAAUCACUACAAUAGGGUUCGGAAAUAUUGCACCAAGUACAGAAGGAGGAAAGAUCUUUUGCAUUCUUUAUGCCAUAUUUGGGAUUCCUCUCUUUGGCUUCCUCUUGGCUGGAAUCGGAGACCAACUGGGGACAAUCUUUGGAAAAAGUAUUGCAAGAGUAGAAAAGGUUUUCAGGAAGAAGCAGGUCAGCCAGACGAAGAUCAGAGUAAUAUCGACUAUCCUAUUUAUUGUGGCCGGGUGUUUGGUCUUCGUGACCAUUCCAGCUGUUAUCUUUAAACAGAUAGAAGGUUGGACGGAGCUGGAAUCCAUUUACUUUGUUGUUGUUACUCUUUCAACUGUUGGCUUUGGUGACUUUGUGGCAGGAGGAAAUUCGGACAUUAUUUACCGGGAGUGGUACAAACCGAUGGUAUGGUUCUGGAUUUUGGUUGGCUUAGCAUACUUUGCCGCAGUCCUGAGUAUGAUUGGUGAUUGGCUUCGGGUGAUAUCCAAAAAAACAAAAGAAGAGGUUGGAGAAAUUAAAGCUCAUGCGGCAGAGUGGAAAGCCAAUGUACAAGCAGAAUUCAGAGAGACGCGGAGGCGGCUCAGUGUUGAAAUCCAUGACAAGCUUCAGAGAGCAGCCACCAUGAGGAGCAUGGAACGCAGGAGGCUUGGCCUAGACCAGAGGGCCCACUCAUUAGACAUGCUAUCCCCCGAAAAGCGCUCUGUAUUUUCAGAACUGGAGACAGGACGCUUCAAGGCCUCAUCUCAAGAAAGUAUAAACAACAGGCCCAACAAUCUCAGACUUAAAGGUGUUGAGCAGUUUAAUUUACAUGGACAGGGGGUUUCAGAAGAUAACAUUAUCAACAAGUUUGGGUCAAAUUCAUCUAAGCUUACAAAAAGGAAAAACAGGGACUUGAAAAAGAACCUUCCAGAGGAUGUACGGAAGAUCUACGAGAACUUCCGUAAGUAUUCUGUUGACGAAGAAAAAAAAGAAGACGAGGCUGACAACAUUUCCAAUUCUGACACGGCGACUCUGUCCGACUUCAUUCACCACUCUGUGAUGGAGAAUGGCUCCGUACCCACCGAAACCAAAGAUGAGGAACAUGAGAACAAAGCUCUACUUGAAGAGAGAAACUAAAAGGGCAAAUUUAAAGAUCAUUGCUCUGUCGUGGCACGGCCAAACUCUGGGCUGCAGAAUUGUGAAGAAUAUGGACAUUUUACUUCCAAUUCAGAGCCCAGAAUUCGUCUGUACUCUGCCUGAGCAGUAACCUUUAACCCCUUCUGUGCUGGAGGGGUGUGCAAUUCAGCGAAUUGCCUUCCCCUCCAGCACAGAAGGGGUUAAAUAUUGUCCUGUCUGAAAAUCUGUGUUGCUUAUUUAAUUCAGGGGUGGGGGGAGGGGCAAGCUUUGUCUUUCUAGCUUUUGGUGGAGUGCAACUCCUUACAUCAUCGUAGCAUGUCCGGCGUUGUAGACUAUCAACUGCUAGAAAAUCGCCUUCCAUCCAAACCAACUGAGAAAAAUAGUUGCUUCUUUUUCUUAAACACGUUAUUGAGACAUGUGCCUUAUACAGACUCUCAAAUUAUUUAGGAUUCUGUAGACUACAUUGAUGAAAAUUACUGUGCCAUAAAUGACUGCCAAAAAAAGUAUGGAAUAUAGCCUAACAGCAGCAGAGAAGAAGUACAUGAGUGGGAGAAAUUCAUGGCCGUUAAAACGUUUAUGGAAGAUACACUGGUGAAUACAUAGUGAAAGACCACUGAGAUAUUUAAAACGGCAGCAUGGUUCACUCUGAUUUAAACAGGGUAGAAUUUAUUAGAAGGUUGGAAUAAAUGAAUAUGCAUUUUGUGGCACAUGGGUAAAAACAAAAAAACUAAAAAAUAUUUUAAUGGAAUUUAUCAUCUUUCUAACCUCCAUAUUUAGCCAGGUGUAACCCUGGCUGUAACAGAAUCCGUGCACACCACACAAUAAAUGUGGAUCAGCUUUUAAACCUUUAAGAGCCGUGUGGGAAUAGAACCAAUGAAUAUACUAAACAGAGACCAUGUGACUAUGAUUUAAAUUUGAAGAUGGAGGCUCUCCUAAGUGCUGGAAAGAUGUCAUUUUACAAAGAAUGGUCAUGCGUGUUAUUUAUUUAUUACUUUUUUUCUUUUUAAGUAUCUUCUAGACACUUUAUAUUGCUGAAAAAAAAAUUCAGUUAUCAAUGCUGUAACAAAGAGAAACGAGCAAGAAUCUCGCAUGUGCUUUGAAAACAAAUGACUCUAUUAUUUCGAUAAAUUAUUGAAAUAGACCCAAAACAUUGUGAUCAUUCGAUGUCCAUGUAUGAUUCUCAGGGCUAUGGGUCCCUUCCAUAAAACAAAGGAUUCGAUGGUCACUGUAUUGUCCCUCUCACGUAACUAUAACACACCACAAAUUAAGGGUCCAAGAAUCGUCUGUAGCGUGAGUUUAAUGUCUAACAGUUUACUGCUUUGUGCCAUUUAAUUUUGUACUUUUAUUACAAAAUAUUUUGGAUAUUUCAUUUUGAGGUUUUUUUUUUCUAUUUGCCCAUUUAUUUUAAGAGCCAAUAUUUAGUAAACAAGCAGACAGCAAAAACAGGAAGCGGCUUGUAUUCAUGACAUGCAUCACAAAAUGGCGUCAUCUCAUGUCUUCAUUACAUCAUAUGUAUAGCACAACUGGUCUCUGUUAUUAUUAUUUUUGGUAAGCGGGAGGUUUAAUGUUUUAAAGGAACUUUAAUGAAUUACUGAAACAAAUGUCCAUUUGCAAAUUAAGGUUGUAAACUCUGUUCUGACUGUCUAUUAAGUUCUAUGAUUCCAAUGAUAUUGUAGACUAAUGCCUUUUCUCCUUUGCUGAAGUCAUGGUGCCAGUCUGCUGCCUUUUAUUGUAAUGUGACACUUUAAAAGGAAAUGAAUUAACUACUUACAAAACCCCAACAUAUAAUACAUUUAGGCAAACUAUAAUGAAAACAUGCUUUGGAUAUGUUGUAGAACAUGCAAAGUUGUAUUUCCAUAGAUAUUUAAUUUAAAUGAUAUCAAGGUUAUAUUCCCUCCUGUUUUAAUGGCAUUAUUAAACACAAAAUGAGAGGGGACCUGGCAUGCCCCAAACAACAUGUGGUCAUUAGAUUGAGCAUAAUAUUCUAUCUAUACAAUGUGCUCAGAGUUUUGCUAGCAAAUGUAUAGUUUAGGAGAAAAACCUAUUUAAUAGCAUGUUUUCUCCCAGCUCUCAGUCAAUACCUCGGUGUCCACAGGAGGUCCCUCUGCUCUCCACCCAUAGCAACCACAGCACAUGCGCUGGAGUUGCUAUGGAAACUCCCUAACCGACACUCUAGCACUGGCUAGGGGGUAUACUAACGGAGUGAAAUAACGUCACUCUGUUCCGACUCCGGCGCGCUGCAAAUGAAGCCAGCAUGCCGGCGCCGCUG